AUGGAAAGCACCGAAAGCACAAAGCAAACGGCUACACUGAAGGAAUUGAAAAGAUGCUCGAAGUCGUUUGAAGCAGUCCAACAAGCAUUAAUCCUCUCAUUGCUUAACGUGAAUGGGGUUGGGUUUAAAGUUCGUCGCCCGGAAAGAAGAAGUCAAAAAACACUUCAACUGUUCUUGGUCGAAGAACUGAACACCAAAACGGAAAGAAUUCUCUUUGAGAAGAAUGUCGAUGAAUUUUGCGCUAAGUUUGUCAGAGAAGAGCUGAAAGAAUCCAACUACACGGCAUUAACUCCCACUGACGUCGACUCGAUCGCGUCGAUAACUCGAGCCGCAACGAAUGGGAUUAGUGUUGAACGACUGAAACAAAUCAAACGACACAGAGACGCAAAUAAGACGUCGACGUCAUUUAAUUGGCUGAUGGAACGAUGUGAGAAGUUUGGGUAUCAAUUUAAGAAGAGGUCAACAAAACCCACCAAAUACACACAAAAGCUCAAUAAGAUAUGUGGAGUAUGUGGGAAAGCUGUGAUGACAAUGGUAGAGAUCUCUGAGAUAGGCCGUUUAGUGAAUGAAAUAGUCUACAAACGGUUUGAGAAAGCGUCUUCAUUUGUACAAAUUCCACAGAACGACCCUGAAAUAGAACAAGUAGUCCGAGAGACGGAGAAGAUCCUUUUAAAAGAAAGUCAAGCCAAUGUCGAACCUUUUGAAAGGAUGUUAGAAGCCUCUGAAGAGAAAAAAGGGUGUGUCAUUGAAGAAAAAGUGAAUGGCGAGAGUCAAGUCGAAAAGGCAGUCGAUAACGAAAUGGAGAAAGAAAAGAGUGUGGAACUUGUAACACAAAAUGAGACACAUUUGGUCUGUCCUAAACAAAACGAGCUACCAAAUUACUAUUACUACAGCUUAAGUGACCAGGAAACGUUCUUUGUGCCUGACAAUAAAAGCAAUAACUACAUCCAACUCAUGGGGUUCGCUGAACUAAAUAACAACAUCGAAGCUAAACAAGAGACUACAAAUCAAUUCUUUAAUAUCAAGCAUGAGAGCGAUGAUGAGACUCUAGAUAGUGGCUUUUACUCAGUCACUUUUUGA